CAUACCAAUAAAAAAAACUGUUGGGCCGCAUAGUUGAGCGUACUUGGGCCUCGGGCCCAAGAGAGGCGAGUUGGACUUUAAGGCCCAAUAAGGAGGCCGGGCCCGAUCGGAAGACUGGGUCAGUGGGCGGUCCAUGAUCGACUGCGAACCCGAGGAAUAUAUAAGGGCGCCUGACAUAAAGCAACUGAGCAGCACAGAAGGGCAGGGAGCCGUUGAAGAUGCGUAUCUGGUGUCAGGCAAGACUGAGCAUUUAUUGCCAGCCACAGGCGGCCUGCAAAAAGGCUGAAAGCCUGCCCAGGACGCCUGACAUUACCCAAAAAGCCUACACAGGGCGCCCGACCAGGUCUGGGACGCCCGACACAACAUUUAAUGCCCCAACCACCCUUUAACCAGGUAUAAAUAGAGGGUGAGUGCAUUAAUGGUAAGGCCAACUACUAUUCAUCUCUCUACAUAAAUUCUUAUCUCUCCACUUCUCUCUCUAACUUAAGUUUCGGAGAGUGUCCCGGGCGAACCGCCCCGGACCGUUGUUUUGCAGAGUAUCGGGAGUCCUUCCCGACAUCCAAGAACAGGCGCCUCGCCCCAGCUCCACAAACCGCCUAGUAUCUACUAGGCACAAACAAUUUGGCGCCCACCGUGGGGCAGGAGCGGAGCGCUUGAAUCGAAAGAUGGAGGGAAACUUCAGAACUCCAGUGAAGGACGUCAUCGGCGGGGAAAGCAUCAGAGGUUUGGAAAUCCCGACGGUUGAGGAAGAAAAGGAUAUGGAAGAGCGUGUGAGAGACCAGGGGCAGCAGAUCACCAGUAUGCAAGAGAGUUUGAGCUAGAUUCUCACCAUGCUCAAAACAAGAGAUGAGCCCGAAAGUUCUAAGAUGCGAGGUGGCAAGGGCAAGAGGGUGGACGGAGAGAUGCCUCCCAGCCUCCCUCGCACAGAAGACGGAGAGUCCGACAGAGAGGAAGACGCUGACGGCGUCCACCUUGACCUCCUCGAAGAACACCUGCGCCCCUGCUACGGGAAGCCUAAGGGCUACAACGUGCUGCACAACCUCUUGGCGAAGAGCCUCUUCAAAACCCAGGUGCCAUCAAACUUCUCGUCGCUUGGUCUUCCUGCCUACACGGGAAACUCAGAUCCGUCGGAUCACUUGAGCGCCUUCAUGCUCAAGAUGCAGCUGAUUAACGCCUCAGACGCUGAUCUGUGCAAGGCGUUUCCAGUCACCUUCGGGGGGCAGUGCCGAAGCUGGUACGCGUCCCUACCAGCCGGGAUAAUCGAGAAGUUCGAACAGUUCGCCACCCUUUUCUCUUUGAAGUUCGCUUCUCAGCGCAGGAGGCAGCUCACGGUCUCCGCCCUCAUCAACUGCAAGCAAGGAGAAGAGGAAACCUUGGCCGACUUCUACGACCGAUGGAAUACAAUAGCUUGCGAGGUCCAAGACGUCUCAACCAGCGUGGCCGCUGGGAACCUGAGAAUGUCGACGCACAGCCGGGAACUAAAGAGGUCUCUCAUCAAAAAGGAGCACAACAUCAAGUCUUGGCAAGAUUUAGACCGCGUGGUACGAAAGGCCAUUUUCUUGGAAGAAGCGCUCAACGCCGAAGAAGGCGCAAAGGGGGCCCCAACGUCGUCAAGCAAAGUGGAAAAAGGAAGGAACGGGUCGCCAAAGCGAAGGGGGCGCACGCCCGAGCGACGAAACUACAAGCCCAGGUUCAACAACAGGGACGGAAGGCGUGAAGUGUUCGCGUCAGAAAAAGAGGACGACGGACGCCGCGAUGGAAGCAAAACCCGGGAAGCGCAUCCCCGCCAAAGGAGGGACGACGAUCAAAAGUGGUGCGACUGGCAUCAGCUACCGACUCACGACACCACAGAGUGCCGUGAGUUCAAAGCCAGCCUCAAGUACCUGGCACCGGGAGACCUGAAAAGCCGCCUGGACACACGGGCGCAUCCCAGGGAUAGAACGGAGGAAAGGGAUAGGUCGCCCAGCCCAAGGAGAAGGUCCCGCACGCCCAGACGUCGGAGAUCCCGGUCGUUGAGAAGAGAGCGAACACCACGGAGGGAGCGCUUGCCUCCGCCGCCGCCAAGGCACGCCCCUCCUCAUUGACACCCGCCUCGAGAAGAGGAAGAGGGAGUCGAAAUAAUCACCAUCGCUGGAG